AUGUCGCAGACAUUUACCUCUUCACCACGGAACGACUUGGCUGAUGUUCGGCUUCUCAGCUAUCUGUGGACAGCUCGGCCAGCUGCAUCCUUCUCAUCGGCCAGCAACAUCACGACUCACCUCGCAGCUGUGCCCGAUGCGAGUGUUCCCAGUGCUCAAGCUGUCGGCCCUUCGCCCAGCUCAACAUCGCUCGUCCUCUUGACCCAAAUUUCUCCCCUUCUGAUCAGUGGACUCGUCAUCUUCGUGCCCGGCAUACUUCGCGCUGCACGCACAAUCGUUGCUCGUACCAAGUCGAGCGACGAUAAUGCUCGGCUUCGCUUAGGCUUCGACUACUUUGCUCCUUUUGUGACAGAGCAAGACAUACAUCAACAUCGACUCGGACUUUCACACCAGUCUCAGCCAAUCGAUAGCGAUGACAGCGAAACAGUUGGCUCCACGAAUGAAGCUUACCUCUUCGACAGGCAGGGGUUUGAGCGGCAACGCAAGCGUCUCAAUCAGCUCCUUUUAGUUGCCCUCUUUCAGGCAGCAGCAUGGACUGCUACCACCGGCUGGUCGAUCGCUUUCUCCGAAAGCUCGUCGAUGCUGCCGUGUCUCUCUCAAUGUAUCGCUUGGAUCACCAUCUUCUUUCGACUGCUUCUUCGGCCUCCGCAGACGCCAACUUUUGAGCUGGUAGCCUUACUGCUCUCGCUCAACGUUGCUGCCUGGAUACACCUCUUUUCCUUCGUGCCAUCGCUAGGCUCUAGCCUACUUGCCGCCUUAAACUUGCAGCUCUUGCUCAGCGUCCCCAACGCCAUCGUGUGCAUUUAUGCCGCCUCUCUAUGUCUGCGCAUGCCCGUGACACCAGGUGGCUACGAGGCGGUCGUCGAUCUAGACGAACGCAUUCGCCAGCAAACAGAUGACGCCAAAAGAGCUCCAGCUCCAGGCGACAACAUGGAUGCAGUGUACCGCCUAUGCCCGACGUCACCAGAAGAUUACUGCAGCCUAUACGAGAACCUCUCCUAUUCGUGGAUGGCGCGCAUCCAGAGCCUUGCCCUCCGACGUUCGCUCAACCCAACCGACGUGUGGCGUCUGCGUUCUGUCAACGAUACUCGCCUGCUUUUUCGCAAGUUCAAAGCGCUGGAGCUUGCGACAGACUCGGCGAGCAAAAAACCGCGCCUCUUGUCACGUAUCCUUCGUGCCAAUGCCAAUGAUAUCCUUCUCGACGCCUGCUUCAAGCUGAUCAGCGUCAGCUUCGCAUACCUCGGCACUUACAUUCUCAAAAGCAUCCUCGAUCAGAUCCAAAUAGCUGCUACACACGAGGAUGGUCAUCUUGACCACAGCACGGAUUCGGACGAUACCCAAUGGACGCCCCGCCAGAAAGCGUUUGCCUACGCAUGCAUCGGCCUCUGCCUCACCGUAGUGCGUUUCUUGGCCGAGUUGCAGAACUACCAUCACGCUCGCCAAGUUGGGCUGCGACUCCGAUCCACGCUCGUAGUCUCGCUCUUUGAAAAGGCGCUGAAGCGACGCGAUCUUAGCGGACAAACCAAGUCUGCGUCAUCUGAGCCCGCAGAGAAAGAUGACGGUGCGGAGCCACUGCUCGAUGCCGCUUCACCAGGCUCGAUCAGGUCACAAAGCCCGACUGGCUCCGAAGGUGAGUCUGCUGCCACGGACUCAAACGUAUCUGCACAACUGGAUCAGCACCUUCGGCCGCCAGGACAGACAAAUUCGAGUCAAAAACGGUACUGGACGGCAUCGUGGCGAGUGGACAAGCUGAAGCAAGUCUCCUUCGAGUCGCUUCGAUCAAAUCUAGCGCAACGUACAGCGCAGCGUCGGAAACGGCAGGCACAGAAGCUCAAAGAGCAAGAGGAGCAACAGGGCGCCGACGUUGGAAAGAUCGUCAACAUGAUGGCGUCCGAUGUCAACAUCCUCUUGCGCAUGGGCUGCGAUCUGCAUCAGCUCUACGGCGCACCGCUCGAAGUCACCAUCGCGGCCAUCUUUCUCUACAAGCUUAUGGGCUGGAGCGCGCUGGUCGGCUUCGGCAUCCUGGUCGCAGCCAUUCCCGUCAACUACGUGUGGGGAGAGAUCGCGGUCAAGAAGCAGCGAGAGUACAGCUCGGCACGAGACGAACGGAUGAGCCUCAUGACCGAGCUCAUCGAUGCUAUGCGCUUUGUCAAGAUCCAAGGCGUCGAGCCGCAAUGGGAGCAGCGUGUGGCCUCGGCUCGUCGUAAAGAGAUCCGCAAGCUCAUCUGGUCGCGCGUCAUGACCUUCCUGUUUGAGCUGCUAUGGACUGUCAUUCCCGUCCUCGUGACGCUGCUCAGCUUCUUCUUUUACGUAAAGGUGGCAAAGGAGGAGCUCACGGUCUCGACUGCUUUCACCGCGAUCGCGCUAUUUACCAUGAUCCGUCCUCCUCUCAACGCGAUUCCUGGCUUCCUGAUGGGAGGCCUGAUAGCCAUGGUCAGCAUCCAGCGGCUCGAGUCCUUCCUCAACGAGCAGGAGGUCGAGGAAGCGGUCAGUCAGCUCUCCAGGCAGCACUCGUCGGAAGACGCUCGGUCCAAUGGUUACAAGGAUGAAGAUACCGACGACGUGAUCCUACUCAGCGAGGGUGAUGACAAUGUCGACAGUAGCGAGCUCGCCAUCAAAGGGUGCAGCUUCGUUUGGCACAGCAAGCAGACAACUAUGCUUCCUGCUUCAGAGGAGGAUCCACUCAGCCUUAGUCGUGCAAGUGCUUCAGAUGACCACACUUUCGCUCUUCGCGACAUUGAUGUCAGCUUUCCCGCCGGAGAUCUGACCUUAAUCGUUGGACCCACGGGUUCCGGAAAAAGCAGCAUGCUAGCAGCCAUCCUUGGCGAGAUGCUUCAGUCAAAAGAGGGUGUCGUGGUGCGCAACAAAUUCGACCAGCACGGUAACAGUCGGUUCAGUUUUGCCAACCAGCUUCCAUGGCUUGAAGCUGGCAAGUCGGUGCGAGACAACAUCCUGUUUGGCACACCUUUCCAUAAAGACAGGUACGAGAUGUGCAUUCAUGCUUGUGCCCUUCAGGACGACCUCGAUUCGAUGGACGAUGGUGAUCUCACACGGAUCGGCUCGCAUACCGUUUCUGGCGGACAGAAAGCACGUAUAUCGCUUGCACGAGCUCUGUAUGCGCACUCCAGUACUGUGCUUCUGGAUGACGUAUUGUCAGCGGUGGACACACGUGUGCAGAAUCACAUCGUCGAGCAUGCCGUGCUGGGUCCAAUCGCAAAGCAUCGGCGCGUUAUUCUUGUCACCCACCAUGCGCAUCUUCUGACCGAUCGCGCGUCUUUGGUGGUAAGCAUGCACAACGGUCGCAUCCUCGAUCAAGGCCCGCCCUCCGAUCUGCAGGCGCGAGGAGUGAUCCCAACCUCGCAUCUCCGAGGGCGAGACAAGUCAAGCAGUUCUCUCGCAGAGACUAGCGCCACAAACACGCUUAACACCCAUGAAACCAGCCCCGCUGCCGGGUCCACUCUUCAACCAGACACCGCUCGAGCUAGGCUUGACGACGAAGCACCGGCGACGGCGAUCACACCAAAACGUGCGGGUGAGCUUGCGUCUGGUGCUCGAACACCUCGUCUAUUGCACCAGGAAGAAAAGCGUCGAGAGGGAGCUGUCAGCUGGGUCUUCUACCGCACAUAUCUGCAGGCAUCUUCCCUCCGAAUUUGGGCUCUCCUCAUCCUGCUGCUGUUGCUACUCCGUCUGUCCGAAUCAUUUGGUCAAUACUGGCUCAAGGUUUGGGGCGAGGCGUACCAGAACUACGGGCUUCAAGCAGUAGCGUCCUAUUUCACACAGACAUCGGCGCAUCUCCCCUUCGACUUGCCUCCAGCCGACGGAAACGCUGGCUUCUACCUGUCCGUCUACGGUCUUAGCGGCUUGGCAGUGAUCUUAUUCAACAGCUCUCGGGCGAUCUGCUUCUACGUGGCAUCCAUCAAGGCUUCUCAAAACCUGUUUGCAACGCUUCUCGCCAAUGUCAUCCGCGCGCCGCUUCGCUGGUUCGACAUCACCCCGGCUGGUCGGAUCAUGAACCGAUUCGGAACAGACAUGGACUGCAUCGACAACAUCCUGCCGCAGUCAAUCAUGAAUCUGGGGAACAAUGCUUUUUCUAUGGCCGCCUAUUUCUUGAUAUGUGUCGUCAUCGUUCCGGCAUUCCUUGUGCCCUCCUUCUUGUUGGUUCUGCUGGGACCUUGGCUGGUCGGCGGCUUCCUUGCCUGUACGCGCGAUAUGCAGAGGAUCGAGGCCACCUCAACGUCGCCCAUCUACGGACACUUCCAGCAGGCCUUGUCUGGGAUUGUGACCAUUCGUGCCUUCGGCGCCGAGCCACGCCUGCUCGAAUCGAUGCUGGAUUCGGUCGACCUGUACCAGUCUCUCUGGUGGGCAGUGUGCACCAUGGAGGUGUGGCUCAGCUUCCGAUCCCAGAUCCUGGGUGGUGUCUCGGUGUUUGUGGUCACUCUGCUAGCGCUCUCAGGAGCCGUGUCGCCGGGUUCGGCGGGGUUGGCGCUUUCUUCUGCGCAACUGCUCUGCCAGCUGGCCUACUACCUCGUCAACGACUUCAAAAACCUCGCCAACAGCUUCAACUCGCUUGAGCGCGUCACCGAGUACCAGCAGAUGCCGCAGGAGGAACACGAACAGGUCGUGGCUGGAUACUCGACAAGCCUCGUACCAGCUGCGUGGCCGUCCAGUGCGGGUCGCAUCGUCUUUGACAACGUGAGCUUGCGGUAUGCCGAGGAUCUGCCCCUGGUGCUGAAGGGUGUGAGCUUCGACGUCAAGCCGGGCGAGAAGGUGGGGAUAAUCGGUCGCACGGGAAGUGGCAAGAGCAGUCUGGCGUCCAGCUUGUUCCGGGCGGUGGAGCUGAGUGGUGGUCGGAUCUUGAUUGAUGACAUUGAUAUCAAGACGAUUCCUCUGCAGCAGCUGCGUAGUCGACUCAGCAUUGUGAUGCAAGAUCCCGUGCUGUUCUCGGGCACUGUACGGGAUAAUCUGGAUCCGUUUAACGAGCAUGACGACGCAGAGGUGCUAGAUGCGCUGACAAAGGUCGGACUUGCAGCUCCGUCGAUUUUGCGCGCUGACGAGGGCUCCGAUGAAGAACAAUUGGCCGAUUUGUCCGAGACCAGUGCCGGUGGGGCUUCAACACCAAGCAAACAGGACUCAAGACCGAACAUGCGUCUCAGGUUAGACACCCGCGUCUCGUCGGGCGGUGCCAACUUCUCAGCCGGUCAAGCGCAGCUGCUCUCCCUAGCGCGAUCGCUCCUCCGCUCCACACGCAUCCUCAUCCUGGACGAAGCCACGUCGUCGACGGACAUGAACACGGAUGCCAUGGUGCAGCGUGUCAUCCGUACAGCGCUCAAGGACUCGAUCGUGAUCUGCAUCGCGCAUCGUCUCAAGAGCAUCAUCGACUACGACCGCGUCAUGGUGCUGCAGGACGGCAGGCUCGUUGAGUGUGGCAGCCCAAAAGCAUUGCUGUCGAAGGGAGAUGCGGAUGAGGGGGCGUUUUUCAAGAAGCUCUGCCUGCAUUCGGCUGAGUACACAGAGCUGUGCGCCGCGGCUGGCGUCAAGCCUUAA